AUGGCCUCAAUCACAUCUCCUUCGCACUUCAAGUCCCUCACCCUCUCAACCUCCCAUACAUACACCUAUAUCCAUCACCCCCCUAGCAUUAGCACUCCCCUUCACCCAACAACCACCAUCCUCUUUCUCCACGGCUUCCCCUCUUCCAGCUACGACUGGCGCCACCAAAUUGCCUUCUUCACCUCACAAGGCCACGGCAUCCUCGCCCCUGACCUUCUCGGCUACGGCGGAUCCAGCAAGCCUGUAUCGCUCGACGCUUACCGUGCCCGCGCCAUGGCCGCCGAGAUCAUCGAGAUCUUGAACCACGAGUGCUUGGAGCAAGUACAUGCCGUGGGCCAUGAUAUGGGCUGUGGCUUAUUGUCACGACUAGCGGAUUACUAUCCCGCGCGGUUGAAGUCGUGCGUGUUUCUCGAUGUGCCGUACAUGAACCCCGGGGCGAGGUUCGAUCUGGAUAUGGUGAAUGCUAUGUCGAGGGAAGUGUUGGGGUAUGAGAGGUUUGGGUAUUUGGGGUUUUUUGUGAGUGAGGGGGCUGCGGGAUUGUUGGAUCGGUUUGGAGAAUCCUUCUUCACGCUCUUCUACCCCGAUGAUCCGGAACUGUGGAUCUCACAUCUUGGUCCGACAGGGGCCAUGGAGGCGUGGCUGUGUGGUGAUUCACGGGCUCCGUUGGCUUCGUGGAUUACUGAAGAGGAAAAAACCACACAUCGCCAGAUAAUGCAAGAUAAUCACACCUUCGCUCUCAACUGGUACAGGGCCCUAGUCGGCAACAUCAAUGUAGAAAAUGAACUGCGUGCCGGGUUCAGACCUGCUCUCGAGAUGCCGGUGCUCAUGGUCAGUCCGCAGCCUAGUAGGCUGGAGUUUCCGGGCGUCGAGGAGAGUAUGGGCCAGGUUGCGCGGGAUCUGACGUUCAAGCGUGUUUCGACAAAGGGGCAUUGGCUGCAGUUAGAGGCAAGGGAUGAGGUGAAUGGGGUAUUGAGGGAGUUUCUCAAUAAGGUGGAUGGUGUUGAUUGA